GGUGGCGAGAGAGUGGGAGAGAAAGAGAGAGAAGGGGGCGGGGGUUGCGGGUUAGGGUUUUGCUGGUUAUGGUGGGAUUGUGAGAUAUGGCGGGGGAGAAGCCAUCGGUGGAGCUCUGCAAGGGCGUCAAUGGCCUCGACAAGGUCGUGCUGAGGGAUGCGCUGGGCAGCUCAGCCGAGGUGUACUUGUUUGGAGGUCAUGUAACAUCCUGGAGAACUGAUCACAGGGAGGAGUUGCUUUUUGUCAGCAAUAAGGCUAUUUUCAAGCCCCCAAAAGCAAUACGUGGGGGCAUCCCAAUAUGUUUUCCACAAUUUUCAAGCCAUGGAAAUCUUGAACAACACGGAUUUGCCAGGAAUAAGUUUUGGAGUAUUGACACUGAUCCACCACCUUUUCCAUCAGACAGUUCAAGCAAGACUUUUGUUGAUCUGAUUCUGAAGCCAACUGAUGAUGAUAUCAAGAUAUGGCCUCACAGGUUUCUGUCUUUCAGUCAACAAUUUUUAUUAUUAGUUUGCCACUUUGUUUCAUGCUUUCAAUUUUUUUUUUUUUUGCUUUCUUAUUAUGUUGGACUCCUUUCUUUUGCAAGUUGCAUCCACUUUUGUGUUAAUAAAUACUUAAUCUUCUAUUACAGUUAUGAAUUCCGUCUAAGAGUUGCAUUGGGCCUUGGAGGAGAUCUCAUGUUGACAUCACGCAUAAGAAAUACCAAUGCUGAUGGAAAACCGUUUUCAUUUACAUUUGCAUACCACACUUAUUUUUCAGUUUCUGAUAUCAGUGAAGUGCGGGUAGAAGGUCUGGAGACAUUGGACUACCUUGACAACUUGAAGGAAAGAGAACGUUUCACAGAACAAGGAGAUGCAAUUACAUUUGAAUCAGGAGUGGAUAAAAUAUAUUUGAGCACACCAACCAAGAUCGCUAUUAUAGAUCAUGAAAAGAAAAGGACUUUUGUUUUGCGCAAAGAUGGACUUCCAGAUGCCGUGGUAUGGAAUCCUUGGGACAGGAAGGCCAAAGCAAUGCCAGAUUUUGGGGACGAUGAGUACAAGCAUAUGCUUUGCGUGGAGGCUGCAGCCAUCGAGAAGCCCAUCACUCUGAAACCUGGUGAAGAAUGGAAAGGAAGGUUAGAGCUGUCUGCUGUUCCCUCCAGCUACUGCAGUGGGCAACUGGAUCCUCGAAAGGUUCUUCAAGGAUGAUGUCUAUCAGAUGUGUCUUGUACAGGCACUAAUUUGUUGCAUAAGGGUGCUUGAAAUUGGCUUUGGGAUGGACGUUCUCCUCCUCCAUUUUCCUUUAUGAUCCGUGUACCUAGAAGUUUCAUUGGAAUAAUAGUGCCCUGUACAUCAAUUUGGCUCCCCUCUAUUAAGCAGGAGUUCCAACCUGAA